AACCCCGAGCGGCCAGUCGUCAGGGCCAGGUCACGGAGGCACUUGGGCGAGCAGGAAAUUGGUGAUUUGGAGGAGGAAGAGGAAGAGGAAGAGGAAGAGGAAGAGGAAGAGGAGUGGAGAGGAGAGGAUCAAGACAAUGCGAGGAGGAUCGGUGCUGGUCUGAUCUUGGAUCGACGCGACCGGCUGCUCGAUCAAGCGUCUUCGUCUGGGAUCAGCGCCGACAGCGCCAGUGCAGCCACGCCGCGGGCGGACGGUGACUGCUCGGCCGACGUGACGGUCAACAGUUGUCAGGCGAGUGGAGAGUUGGCCGGCUCCGGCUACGACUUGACGACGGAUCGGUUGUCGGAUCGGCUCGCCGAUGCCGUCCUGGCGGUGGGCAGCGACCAGGAAACUGAAGACGAGCUGUUCAGCGAGGACGUGGCGGCCAAUUCGAGAGAACUGCCGCGACAGAUCGACUUGACGGACUCGUUCGAGUCGCUCGAGCGGCAAGAGGAGGUCGACGAAGACGACUAUCGUCCUUUGCCGUCGCCUUCACUCGUUCCGGCCUCGACGUUGUCACGACGGCCGGACUCACUGGAACUCGAGCCAGACUCUAUGUCGAGGUUGCCGGAUUGCUGUAUUGCAGCUGGAAUGCACCGCAGACCUGUCAAUCUUUGCAUACGACACUUUUCACGACGUAGAAACGUCGUACAGCAGAAGUGGGUUGACCUCGUGGUCGCGACUUGGUCUUGUUGUUGUCAGGGCGACUCGGCAGAAUACACCGUGUCCGAGUUCGUCUGUCAUUGUGGUUGUCAUCAUUCCAGGGAUCAGAGCUCGGUACAUUCUCAGACGUUUCGCCGGCGUCGUAGUCGGCAUCGUCAGUCAGUCUUGGAGACUUGGUAG